AUGUCGACGACGGCGAAGAGAGAUCUGGAAACCAGAUCGCCGGCGACAAUGUCAUACCGGAGCAAUUCUUCACCGCAGCCUUCGCUGCCAUUGGUGGUCACUCUCAACUGCAUCGAAGACGCGAGCAUCGAACAGGAAUACCUGGCCGGCAUCGCACGUGUCGAGCACGUACCUCUGAGUCUACUAGCAGAGGCGAAGAUCGAGUCUGCUGCAGCUGUUCUUCUACACUCUCUCGCGUUUCUACCACGUGCCGCUCAGCGCCGGCUCCGACCAUGGCAGAUCGUGCUAUGCCUCGGCUCGUCUGAUCGCUCCGUAGAUUCUGCUAUCGCCGCUGACCUAGGGCUUGGGCUACUUCGGCGCACACACUUGCUUUCACGCCAUGCGCUUUCGGCAUCUGGAUGGCUCGGGUCAGUUCAGCCACUUUGCCGUGGAAUGCGGCGGUGCCGAGGCCUUGUGCUAGGGAUUAUUGGCCGGUCUGCUUCUGCCAAGUCUUUGGCUACUCGGAGUUUGGCGUUUAAGAUUAGUGUGCUCUAUCAUGAUGUCAAUGAGGAAAAAGGAAAAAGAUUAAGCAGGUUUCCUCCUGCUGCCAGGAGGAUGGACACUCUCAACGAUUUACUUGCUGCAAGUGACCUCAUCUCACUCCAUUGUGCCCUAACAAACGAUACAAUUCAGAUUCUAAAUGCCGAAGCCCUGCAGCAUGUCAAGCCAGGGGCGUUUCUAGUAAAUACUGGGUGUGCUCUUGAUGGAGCCGAAGGGCCUCAGUGGAUGGAAGCAUGGGUACGCGAGAUGCCCAAUGUUUUGAUACUUCCGCGUAGUGCAGAUUACAGUGAAGAAGUUUGGAUGGAAAUUCGUGAAAAAGCCGUCUCCAUAUUACAAACUUUCUUCUUGGAUGAUGUCAUCCCCACAGACGCCGUUUCAGACAACGAUGAAGAGGAAGACAAAACACUCCAUGAAGAUGAAGACGAAGUAAGUGAUAAACAAGGAAAAGACAACAACACAUUUCAACUAACAGAUGAUCUAAAUAUAAACAAAAAGCAAUCAUCGGCAUCUUCAAGUCAACUGCCAGAGUCAACGUUAUCACAAACCACUUCCCCUCAAUCCGAAGUCAAACGCAGUAAAAAAGCUAAAAAAAGACAUGCUCGUCAAAAAUCCAUGCAUAAAGUUGGUGAAAGUUUAGAAAAAAAAGAAGAUGAUACUGCCAUGAGUUCCAGUUCACAGUUUGCUUCCCCUGAUGAUGAAUCAAGAAGUAAAAGAACACCAGUAAAAUCUGGUAGUAAAAAGUCACUUGAGAUGUUAAAAGAUGGGUGUGUUAUUUCUUUGCAAGCAAGAGAUCGGGCUGCAUUUCAUGUGUCUAGGCAGAGAGCUCAAGGUGGUGGCUGGUUUUUGGACACGAUGUUGAAUGUGACCAAAAGAGAUCCAGCAGCACAGUUUCUUGUUGUUUUUAGAAGCAAGGAUACGAUUGGCUUAAGAUCUUUCACUGCUGGUGGAAAAUUGUUGCAGAUAAACAGAAGAAUGGAAUUCGUAUUUGCUAGUCAUAGUUUCGACGUGUGGGAGAGCUGGACUUUUGAAGGGUCUUUGGAGGAAUGUAGACUUGUGAACUGUAGAAAUCCAUCUGCUGUUUUAGAUGUACGUGUGGAGAUUCUAGCAACCGUAGGAGAUGAGGAUGGAAUUACUCGCUGGCUUGAUUAAACUAACCAAAGUAAACAACCCGACUUUGAUUGGUGCAUUCUUUGUACCUUACCAAUUACCAAUUACCAUUUUGAAGGUAAAAUUUGUGAAACUUUAUGUUUUACAAUUUACAUUUACAUACAUAAAAGUUGUCACAGGCUGUAAGUCUGUCAAGUGUCCCUACUCCCUCCCACUUGUGAUCCAUCCCUGUUGUGUAUGAUUGAUUUCAUUACCAUUCUUCUCCCAUACCCAGUUGUUUAUCAUUUUAUUCGUGUAUUCUUCUUUGCCAUGAGCUUGUUUGUAAUACCUUUUUUUUUUCAAUUUAGUCUUAAAAGUGUUUAGUAAUUACUAGUAUUAUGUAACUAAAAUGAACUUUUACUUUUGUUAAUUGGGUCUUCUUAAUUGAUUAUUACUUAAUAACAUAAACCGUUAAACCCUAAACUUAUGUUCCUGCGAUUGACAAUUCACGAUCAAAUCAACCAGAAAAAAAAAAAAAGCAGGGUUGUUUCAGACUUCCAAAUAUAAGAUUGUAAUAAAAUCCUCUACUUUUGCUUUAUGUAAUGGAGUUUCACGUUUCCAAAAGUCAUAAAAGGGCAGCAAUAAGCAAAAGCCUCCAUUCUGGUUUUAAUUUUUUGAUUU